AUGUCCUCCUCAGCGCCCGCCCAGGCGGCCAACGACAACAUCCGCCGCUUUGCCGCCCCCUCGAGGCCCUUGAGCCCUCCGGCCGCCCACACCCUCUUCCACCCGAGGACACGAUGCUUCGUCUACGGACUGCAGCCCCGUGCCGUCCAGGGCAUGCUCGACUUCGACUUCAUCUGCAAGCGCAAGCAGCCCUCGGUCGCCGGUAUCAUUUACACAUUCGGCGGCCAGUUCGUCAGCAAAAUGUACUGGGGAACCAGCGAGACGCUGCUGCCCGUAUACCAGACCGUCGAAAAGGCCGUUGGCAAGCACAGCGAUGUUGACACCGUCGUCAACUUCGCCUCGUCGCGUUCCGUCUACCAAUCCACCAUGGAGUUGAUGGAAUUCCCCCAGAUCAAGUGCAUUGCCAUCAUCGCCGAGGGUGUGCCCGAGCGACGUGCUCGCGAGAUCCUCCACGUUGCCCAGAAGAAGGGCAUUACCAUCAUUGGCCCCGCCACCGUCGGUGGCAUCAAGCCCGGUGCGUUCAAGAUUGGAAACACUGGUGGUAUGAUGGACAACAUUGUUGCCUCGAAGCUCUACCGCCCCGGCUCCGUCUCAUACGUCUCCAAGUCUGGAGGUAUGUCCAACGAGCUGAACAACAUCAUUGCCAACACUACCGACGGUGUGCUCGAGGGUGUUGCCAUUGGUGGUGACAGGUACCCCGGUACCACCUUCAUUGACCACGUUCUCCGAUACCAGUCCGACCCCGACUGCAAGAUCAUUGUGCUGCUCGGUGAGGUCGGUGGUGUUGAGGAAUACCGCGUCAUUGAGGCCGUCAAGUCUGGCCAGGUCACCAAGCCCAUUGUUGCUUGGGCCAUUGGUACCGUUGCCGGUAUGCUCAAGACCGAGGUGCAAUUCGGUCACGCUGGUUCUUUCGCCAACUCUCAGCUCGAGACUGCGGCAACCAAGAACAAGACCAUGAGGGAAGCUGGCAUCUACGUGCCAGAGACCUUUGAGGACAUGCCCAACACUCUUGCCCAGGUCUACCAGAAGCUGGUCAAGGACGGAACCAUUGUUCCCAAGCCCGAGCCCGUUGUUCCCAAGAUCCCCAUUGACUACUCGUGGGCACAGGAACUCGGUCUCAUCCGAAAGCCCGCUGCUUUCAUUUCCACCAUUUCUGAUGACCGUGGCCAGGAGCUGCUCUACGCUGGUAUGCCCAUCUCCGAUGUCUUCAAGGAGGAGAUUGGUAUCGGUGGUGUCAUGUCGCUGCUCUGGUUCCGUCGCCGUCUGCCCAACUAUGCCAGCCGUUUCCUCGAGAUGGUGCUCAUGUUGACUGCCGAUCACGGUCCCGCCGUGUCUGGUGCUAUGAACACCAUCAUCACCACUCGUGCCGGCAAGGAUCUCAUCAGUGCCUUGGUUUCUGGUCUUUUGACCAUUGGAUCGCGCUUCGGUGGUGCGCUCGAUGGCGCUGCAGAGGAGUUCAGCAAGGCUUUUGACAAGGGUCUCAGCCCUCGUGACUUUGUUGACACCAUGAGGAAAGAGAACAAGCUGAUCCCCGGUAUUGGUCACAGGAUCAAGUCCCGCAACAACCCCGAUCUUCGUGUCGAGCUCGUCAAGGAGUAUGUCAAGAAGAACUUCCCCAGCACCAAGCUGCUCGACUAUGCUCUUGCUGUCGAGUCAGUCACAACGUCCAAGAAGGACAACCUGAUUCUCAACGUUGACGGUUGCAUUGCUGUCUGCUUUGUUGACCUUGUCCGCAACGGUGGUGCUUUCUCCAACGAGGAGGCUGAGGACUACCUGAAGAUGGGUGUGCUCAACGGUCUCUUCGUUCUCGGCCGAAGUAUCGGUCUGAUUGCUCACUUCCUCGACCAGAAGAGGCUGCGCACUGGCCUUUACAGGCAUCCUUGGGAUGACAUCACCUACCUGCUGCCUUCGCUGCAGUCUGGUGGUGCGCCAGGUGCUGAGGGCCGUGUUGAGGUUAGCUUGUAGAGUAGUGCUUGACGAAAAGCCAAGGGUAUGUCCGGUUCUAGUCGCUUGAUGGUAGACCGAAAUAGGCGUUUUGAGCGCGGUGGACAAAGGUCUUGAAGUGCAUGGCAAGGCCGCUGUAGCAAUACCUGCCAAUUGUUGGCGGAGAUAUCUUAUUUAAUAUCAAACAAACAAGUAACCGAGUUUGCUAUGCGA